AAAAAUUCUCCAUAAAUCUGCGAUUAUUAGUCAAUCCGUGAGGAACAGGAGGAGCGUUUCUUUCUUCGUGCCUAGUUUCUCUUCGAGUUCUCUGAUCGAUCGAUCGAUCGAGGUAGCGAGCGACGAUGCCGCAGGGUCAGUUUGUGAAGAUCCAGUGCAAGGCCGAUAGCGCCUACAAUCUUGCCGCCCGGACCGAUGGCGUGGUGAUGGCCCCGGCCGAUGAAUCCGAUCCUCGCCAGCAAUGGUACAAGGACGAAUCAUGGGAGCAUGUCAAGGAUGCCAAGGGCUCCGCGAGCUUUGCAUUGAUCAAUCGGGCUACUGGCCAAGCCCUCACGCAUCCGGGCGGCCUAGAUACCCAGGUGACUAUGUCCGACUACUUUGGGGAUUCCGAGGAUAAGUCUACUCUGUGGACACUUAGCCAAGAUGUGUGUGGGGGCUGGAACGCUUUGCGACCAUACUAUGAUACUUCUCUCAACUUAUCCACGAAUCACUGGGAUAAGAAGCAUGGUGGUCUCACCGAUGGGACUGACGUCUUGAUCACUAAGUGGAAGGAGUACGAUAACCAAUGCUGGAAGCUAGUUCCUACGCGUGAUAGCACGGGCGGAGCCGAUCAUUUCCACCGUGUUUUGAGGACCGAGAGCCGUGUGGUUGAUCGCUCCUUGCAUCACCUGCCGAAGUAUAGUCUCGUCACCAAGGCCGGAGAAGGUUACAGCGUGAGUGCGCGUGGAGACGGCGUGGUCCUUGCGCCUAGCAAUCCAUCCGAUGGCCGCCAGCAAUGGAUCAAGGAUGACUGGUGGGGCAGCAAGCUCAAGGAUUCCCUUGGCCAGCCUGCUUUUGUGAUGCUCAAUGUGGCUACGCAGCACGCUCUUUCUCACGCUCCCGGCGAAGGCCAGCAGGUUUCUCUGGCAAAGUUUGUCCCCAAUCUCCUCAACCAGGACAUACUCUGGACGAAGCAGGAAGUUGGACAUGGAUGGUUUGCUGUGAGACCCGCCAAUAACGUGAAGGUCACCAUGGAUGCUUUCCGUGCCGAUAAGAAACAUGGUGGGCCGAGCGAUGGGACCAAAGUCGUGGUGUUCAAGUGGAGCGACCAGGAAAACCAGCACUGGAAGUUCACUGAGUGAGAGAAGAAAAGUGAGAAUUUUCUAUGUGUGUCUGUAUUGUCAAAAGCUAGUCCAUCAAUGAGCACUACUUAUAGAUCCUGGAAA